AUGCCAUCUGAACAGAAACAGUUAUUUUUUGAUGAAAAUCAAGCUACUUUAAAACAAGAUUAUGAUGUGAAAAAUGACAUAGUUGAUACUAUCAGAUCAGUAAUUAAGCCAGAAAUUUUGGAAAGUAGUUUUCAUUAUAAACUGAAAAAUGUGAAAAUUGAUUUGCCGAAGAUAAACAUUCCAAAUGAAGUCCUAUUGAAACAUGAAGUUGACAAAUACAGAAAACUAUUUCAGCAUAAACCACAGACUGCAAGGAAAUCUAUCAAUAUGAAGACUGGAAGCUGUAUAGAGGAGUGUAUGUUGCUUCAUAAGUCUGAGAAAGUUGAAGAAACGGGUAUAAAAAUGUCUGCAAAAGUACUCAGUUUCAACUGUUUAAAAUGCCAAGAUAGCACUCGAUAUAGCCCAAAUGAUUUGCAAAAACACUUUCAAAUGUGGCACCAGGGUGAAUUACCUUCCUAUCCUUGUGAAAUGUGUAGUUUUUCAGCAAAUGACUUCCAGAUAUUUAAACUACACAGACGAAUCCAUAGAGGCACUUUAGUAAAAUGUGACAUUUGUAAUGAUGAAAAAAUAUAUACUUUAUUAGACUUGACAAAACAUUUUAUAUCCACACAUUGUGUAAAUGGUAGUUUUCAAUGUGAAAAGUGCACAUUCUCCACCCUGGAUGUUGGCACAUUUGUUCAGCACAUUCAUAGACACAAUGAAGUCCAUUAUAAAAGUGAUAAAUACCAUCAUAUAUAUUUUGCCAGAGGAGAGAUUCAGAAGCAACUUCAUGUUCAUUCUGUUACAUUUCCCUUCAAUUGUAAAUAUUGUAGAUUUGGUACCUCAAAGAGAGAGUACCUUGUGAGACAUGUUUUAACUUUACACAAAGAACAUUUAUAUGCGAAAGAAAAACUGGAAAAAGACAAAUAUGAAAAAAGGAUGGCACAGACUUCAGUAGGACUUAAGCUAAUACUUAAAAGAUACAAAAUAGGUACAUCUAGGAAGAUAUUCUGGAAACGUAAGAAAAUGAACAAUGAAAGUGAUCCAAGUAUAGAACAAAACACUGAAGUGCUUAAAAACAUGAACAAAACACAGGCUAAAUCUGAAGACCAGAGCCAUCUUACUCAAGAACAUUUAAAUGAAGAAAAGGAUGAACGACUACACUGUGAGAAUAAUGAUAAAACUGCUGAGUCAGAGUCAGAAAAGCCAACUCUUCUGUCCACUGGACAGUAUAAUAAAGCUGGAGAGCUAUCAAAUAUUACUUCUGGUUCCUCAAAAACUGCUGUACAAGGACCUACAGUGGUAACGGUGAAAAAUAAUAGAAUAACAGUUCCAGCUAACUAUAGUGCUAAGUUUAUGGGCUUCAAGAUGGUGGAUGGAAAACAACAUAUUGUAAUAAAAUUGUUGCCUACCAUUAAACAGAACUUAUGUUCACCAGGCUCACAGUCAGAUGCUGCAAAGGACAGUACUGCUAAUUUGCAGCUGCAGACUUUGGACACCACUGGAUUUUUAACAAGAGUAAAAACUGAGGUAAGUGACACAGUUUACAUGAAAGCACCUACAUUUUCAUGUUCAUCUCCUAUACCUGCCGGGAAAGUAACUUCAGAAAAAGAAAUAGCUGUGCUAUCUCAAAUGAGUAAUACACUCCAAACAGUGGAUGAUGAAAAAAGUGUAUCUUCUUUGCCAACAUCAUCAGAAUUAGUUACAUCAUCGGUGAAUUUGACCCCAAAAGUUGAAACAAGAGAUAAUGUUAACUUAUUGGGAAGUCAUGUUACUCAUAGUCGCCCUAAGGUUUCAGAUACUGACAUUAAAAGUCCAGAUAAAGUCAACUCUACUACCAAACCAAAUGCAUACAAAAGUGGAGAUAUGCAUAACUAUUGUAUUAAUUAUGUCAACUCUGAAUUACCUGUUGAAUCUUUCAACCAAGGAUCAUUACCUUUUCAUAAUUAUUCAAAAGUGAAUAAUUUAAAAAAACGUCGUAGGUCUUUAGGAAUAGCAAUGUGUGAAAGUCCUCAAAGAGAAUCUUCAUCAAGCAAGACAGUUGUUCAGCAACCAGUAAGUGAAUCAGUCUCAUCACUAGUGAAAAAGGAGAGCUCAAACUCAGAUAGUAUGUUAACUAGCCUUUUAAAUACUAAAGAUGAAAUUUUAAAAACUCAAGCUGAAAUAGAAGAACAGUGUGUUUUAGAAAAAGGACAAGACAUUGAUGAACAGAGCCUGUAUAUUAAUGAAAAUCAAAAUUUAGAGAGCAUAACUGAAAAAUCUAAUGAUGACAUUUCUGUUGUUGAGUCACCUGUGAUGCCUAGAAUCACAUCUGUGUUUUCUCUUCAGAGUGAACAGGCAUCAGAAUUUUUGCCACCUGAAGUAAACCAGUUGCUUCAAGAUGAAUUAAAGAUAAAAUCUGAUGUAAAACAAGACUCUAGUAACACUCCAGAUAAAGUCCUGUCACUUCACUGUGACCAGUCAUUUCAGAAACAUGGAGAAGGCAAAAUUAUUGAAUCUUCAAAGGACUUCAAAGUACAAGGCAUCUUGCCAAUUCCAUCUUGUGGUAUGGGGAUUAAUGUGCCACCAAAUUAUCUGAAUUUAAAAUGUCAUGGAAAAGAAACACAAAUGCUGUCAGUGUCACAAGAUGUGAGAGAUUCAGAGAAGACACCUAAAAUUUCAGGUAUUGGCACACUACUUAAGACUCAAUCAGAUGCAAUAAUAACGCAGCAGCUCGUAAAAGACAAGUUACGUGCCACUACACAAAACUUAGGUUCUUCAUAUAUGCAGAGUCCACUUGUAAAUUCAGAACCAAAAAAAGCUGUAUUUGUUCAGACUACAAAAGGCUUUUUUGUACCAUUGCACAUUGCUAAUAAGCCUGGACUACAUGUUGUUUCAGGAAAACCACAGGUUAAUAUGCAAGGUGUACCUGCUACUCUUCUUUUAAACAAGAAACCUGGGAUGAUUUUAACAUUUAACAAUGGGAAAUUUGAAGGUGUUAACACUGUAAAAAGUGAGAAUGCUCAAGCUUGUGGAACUACAGCAAAAGAGCCUUGCAGAACACCUUUUUUAAAGGUAGAACCAAACAGUAAUUGUCUGACACCUACACUUUGCUCCAGCAUUGGCAGUUGUUUGAGCACGAAAAGUAGCUCAGAAAAUACUUUGCCAUUAAAAGGCCCUUACAUUAUUAAAACGCCAGUAAGUUCUUCAGGGAAACCUGUGCCUCCUCCUAAUAUAAUAAUAUCUGAGCAUCCGAGCACUAAGUCAAAUAUCUUGGAUCCAGCAAAACAGCAGAACGAGAUUUUUCCAAAACCACCUCUUUUUACCCUCUUGCCUGAUGGCAAACAAGCUGUUUUUUUGAAGUGUGUGUUGCCAAAUAAAACUGAGCUGCUUAAGCCUAAAUUAGUCCAAAAUAGUACUUAUUAUCAAAAUAUACAGCCAAAGAACCCUGAAGGGACACCACAAAAGAUAUUGCUGAAAAUCUUUAACCCUGUUUUAAAUGUGACUGCUGCUAAUAAUCUGUCAGUAAGCAACUCUGUAUUCUCAUCGCAGAAAGACAAUGUAUCAUCUAAUCAGACUGCAGGAGGAGAGCAAAAAGAGCCAGACUCUUCUAGAGAUGCCUUACCCUUCUUACUAGAUGAUAUGAUGCCAGCAAAUGAAAUUGUGGUAACUUCUACUGCAACAUCUGAAUCUUCUGAGGAACCAGUACAUGCCAGUGACCAUUCAGAGGCCAGGGUAUUGAGGUGUAAAACAAAUUGUACAGUUGGAAGAAGCUUUAAUAAACAAAAGACUUCACCCCAAAAUUUUUCAAGAAUAAAAACUCAUGUAAGAAGUAAAGAUUCUGAAACUGGCAGUGUAUCUAGAAACAGAAACUGUAAACGAAAGUGUAGGGAUAGUUACCAAGAACCUCCAAGAAAAACAACAUUACACAGAAAGUGUAAAGAAAGGGUUAAACCUGAAGAUGUCCAUGAAUCAUUUGGAUUCAGCAGAGCUAGGCUUUCAAAAGAUUCAGUCAGAACAUUGCGACUUUUCCCCUUUAAUUCCAAACAGCUUGUGAAAUGUCCCAGGAGAAAUCAACCAGUUGUAGUGUUGAAUCAUCCGGAUGCAGAUGCACCAGAAGUAGUAAAUGUAAUGAAAACGAUUUCCAAAUUUAAUGGACAUGUACUUAAGGUUACAUUGUCAGAAAGAACUCUCAGUGCUUUACUGAAACCAGUUUGUGGUAAGCCUUCUAAAACAACUUGUGAUUUUUCCAAGAGGCACAAAACAUUUAAACCUAUUAGUUCAGUGAAAGAAAGAUUUGUACUAAAACUAACACUCAAAAAGACAAGCAAAAACAAUUACCGGAUUGUGAAAACUACCUCUGAAAAUGUUCUGAAGGCUACAUUUAACUGCUGGUAUUGUGGGAGAGUAUUUGACAAUCAGGAUGCUUGGGCUGGUCAUGGGCAGAGACAUUUAAUGGAAGCUACUCGUGAUUGGAAUAUGUUAGAAUAAUUUACUGUAAAUUACCAAGGAAAAGAAAAAACUAUCUUAGGGGAAAACCAUGGAUUUAACUACCUUAAUUUGGACAUUUUCUUCUUCAACACUGUACCUGAAAUUAAACAUUUCAAAAGUGAUAUAUUCCAUAGAGGAGAAAAGGUUUUAUGUGUGAUGUUUGAAAAUGUUAUUAGUGCACACAUAGGUUUUGAAAGAAAUUCAUCACAGCACAGAUGUAUCUUGAUUUUAUUUUUUAAAAAUGUGU